AUGGAUGGGAAAUCAAUGUCCCCAAAAGUUCAUUAUCACCAGCCACAAGGGUCCAAGAAAGAGUCAAAAGACUACAGCCGUGGCCUUAGCAUCAUGGCUAAAACAGACCAUUCAUACUGCUUACUUGGUUGCAGGAAAAACGCCUCCAAAAAGAGAAACUCAGAGUCUUCUCAUUUUGGUAUUAAAAUGAUCAAACAUCAUUUCUGGUAUUGCUCUAAAUUUUCCAUUCUGAUAUUGUUCUGUAUUUCUGGACUGAUCAUCUAUGUUUACAAGACUGAUACCUUUGGAGACUACAUAAAAUACUUCAGUGAAGACAGUCAGGAAUAUAUAUAUAACUCUUCUUUUCACCAUCUGUUUAAACCUCCAUAUCCAUACCCUUACACGUUUCUUAUCAAUCAGUCACACAAAUGCCUGAACAGGAACCCCUUCCUCGUUCUUCUGGUGGUAGGCAAGAUGAAUGAUAUGGCAACUAGGAAUGUUAUUCGAGAAACUUGGGGAAAUGAAAGUAACUAUAACAAUGUUGAUGUAAUUAGAAUUUUCCUUGUGGGGGUUUCUCCCAUGAGACCAGACAUAUUUCAGGGGCUUCUAGAGAAAGAAAGUGAAAUUUACAAGGAUAUUGUACAGCAGGACUUUCAAGACACAUAUAACAACCUGACACUUAAAACUCUAAUGGGUAUGGAAUGGCUGACAAAAUUCUGCUCUAAUGCCAGAUAUGCAAUGAAGAUAGACAGUGACAUGUUUCUCAAUGCUGAGUACCUUAUUCAUCAUCUCCUCCAUCCUGAGUUACCAGUCCGUAAGAAUUAUUUCUCUGGACUAAUUGUGGCUAACACAGUACCUUACAGGCGGAAAUCUUCAAAAUGGUAUAUACCAAAGGCAAUCUACCCCAACAACACCUACCCACCCUACUGUUCAGGGCCUGGGUAUGUUUUUUCAGUAGAUAUGGCAAGAAAAAUCUACAAGAUGGCGCAAGUUAUUCAGGUCAUUCAUUUGGAAGAUUCCUUUAUGGGCAUUUGCUUGGAUAAACUAAAUAUACCACCAACUACACCUCCUAAAGGAAUUUUUAAUGGGCACCGGAUUGAUUACAAUCGCUGUGCCUUUAACAAACUGGUUACAGUUCACCAUUAUGAGAGGGAUGAAUUAAGGAAAAUAUGGCCUGAUUUUUGGAGCAAAAGAACAGUGGAGUGCAAGAAAUGGGAGGGAGAAAUUUAGGGUAUGUCAGAUUCAGAAAAAGUGGACUUUUGUAAUUAUUGACAUGAUGGUAGAAGAGGGUAAAUAUGUAAUAUCCAGCUGGAAUAAAUAUUUUUUUAAAUAAGAGGAACAUAUAAGUGAGAUAGAAGAAUGAGUAGUUAUUUGGAGUAACAAAGUAAUAUGGACGACAUUGCAUGAAGGAAUAAGAUUGUAUAUAGGAACUUAUUAACUAAUGCUACUGUCAUUGAAAAACUGAAAAAGAUAUUCUCCAA